AACAUAUUUGGGAAGAAUAUUUUUAAAAUAUAUUUUAAAUAUAUUUUUCUUCCAUAUGGGUUGGUCUCUCUUCCCUUUGCACUCUUUCUCUCACCUAUCUCUCACUCUCUCUGCAGGUUAGUGAUCCACUCUGGUAGCUCCACCCUCUCCCCAUUGAUCUACGACUCUGACAGAGAUGAUGCCCCAGAGCGGGGUCUGCUGAGUGAUGCCCAAUCCCUUUACAUCGAGCUGGUCUCGGAGAACCCAACUGCACCCCUUCUGCUCAGCCUGCGCUAUGAAGUGUUUUCCGAGACACGGUGUUAUGAGCCUUUUUUGGCCCAUGGGAAUUUCAGCACCACAGACCACCUCUUCUCUGUGGGGACCCUGGUUUCCUUCUCCUGUAACGCAGGGUACAUGCUCGAACAAGGCCCGCCGGUCAUAGAGUGCGUGGACCCGGCCGAUCCUCACUGGAAUGAGAGCGAACCGGUCUGCAAAGCGCUGUGCGGAGGAGAGAUCUCUGAGCCAGCUGGGGUAAUCCUUUCUCCGGAUUGGCCCCAGAAUUACGCCAUGGGCCAGGACUGCGUGUGGGGGAUCCACGUUCAGGAGGAUCGCCGGGUUCUGCUGGAGAUAGAAAUUCUCAAUAUCAGACGGAGCGAUGCCUUGACGGUAUACGAUGGUGAUGACCUCACAGCCCGGGUCUUAGGACAGUACAUGGGAGUCCAUCAACGCUUCAACCUCUUCUCUUCCGCCAACGAUGUGACCAUCCAGUUCCAGUCUGACCCCAAUGACCCAGUGUUCAGCCUGAGCCAAGGCUUCAUCAUCCACUUCAAAGAGGUGCCCCGGAAUGAUACCUGCUCAGCACUGCCUGACAUUCAGUCUGGCUGGAAGACGUCAUCGCACCCGGAUCUCAUCCGCGGCACGGUCGUCACCUAUCAGUGUGAACCUGGUUAUGACAUCAUUGGCUCAGACAUUCUGACCUGCCAAUGGGAUUUGUCCUGGAGCAAUGCCCCUCCCACCUGUGAGAAGAUUCUUAACUGUGCGGACCCCGGGGAGAUUGCUAACGGCAUCCGCAGGGCGUUCGAUCCACGGUUUUUCCUAUUGGCUCUCAUGUCCAUUAUUCCUGCAACGAGGGCUACACGCUGGAGGGCAGCGAGAUCCUCACUUGUUACAACAGAGAUACCGGAACCCCCAAAUGGAGCGACCGCAUCCCCAAAUGUGUCUUGAAGUACGAGCCUUGCCUGAACCCCGGAGUUCCAGAGAAUGGAUACCAGACCCUGUACAAGCACCAUUACCAGGCAGGAGAGGCUCUGCGCUUCUUCUGUUAUGAAGGUUUUGAGCUCAUCGGAGAAGUGACCAUCAUCUGCGUCCCCGGGCACCCAUCCCAGUGGUCCAACCAGCCUCCUCUCUGUAAAAUCACCUAUGAGGAGCUCCUGGAUGACAGGAAGUUGGAAGUUGCCCAGACAACAGACCCCUCCCACCAGAUGGAGGGUGGGAACAUUGCACUGGCAAUCUUCUUGCCCAUCAUAUUGGUCAUCCUUCUGAUUGGUGGGAUAUACAUCUACUACACAAAGUUUCAAGGAAAGUCUCUUUUUGGAUUCUCCUUCCCAGCUUCCCAUUCUUACAGUCCCAUCACCGUGGAGUCCGAUUUCAACAACCCAUUAUAUGAGGCUGGGGAUACCCGGGAAUACGAGGUGUCAAUUUGA